AUGGAACCCCCACCACCCUACGAGCUUCAGUCUUCAGGUCAUGUCUUGGCCAGCUCAGCGACCAUACAAGAGGAUGGAUCAAUCGCUAUAGCCUUUUCCUCGAAAAGCCCCCAAGACAUAGAGCAGCUUCUACCUGCUUUACCGGUGUCACAGGCUGAGACGGAACCCAUUCCCCAGGCAGCAGCAACAUGUCCCGCCCUGAAUGUUGUCAUACAUGUAGUAGGCAGCCGAGGCGACGUGCAACCAUUUAUUGCAUAUGGAGUCGCUUUGCAGCGACAGGGGCAUCGCGUCCGUCUGGCCACCCACAACGUUUUUGAAGAAUUCUACAUGGUGAAGAACCCAGGGUUGAUUCCCUCUAUCGAGUCCCUACGGGGCGGAGAUGUUGGUCGAAAGCGAGCCAUGGUUAAGGAAAUGCUUCAUGGAUUUUGGCAGUCGUGCAUUGACACAGACCCCGUCUCCGGCGCACCUUUUGUCGCCGAUGCAAUAGUCGCUAAUCCGCCCAGCUUUGCUCAUGUUCAUUGUGCUCAGGCUCUUGGGAUACCCGUUCAUAUCAUGUUCACCAUGCCGUGGACUGCCACAAGAGCCUUUCCUCAUCCGCUGGCCAACAUGCAGCAAAGCGACCUGGAACCCGCAGCUGCAAAUUGGCUUUCUUAUGGAGUGGUGGGUUUAAUGACCUGGCAAGGGCUGGGCGAUGUGAUCAACGCCUGGAGAAAGCAUGAACUCCGUCUCGAAGAGAUUCCAGCUUCCAUGGGCCCGUCUCUCGUGGAAUAUUUACGAAUACCGCACACUUACUGUUGGUCCCCAGCACUGGUUGCCAAACCUACUGACUGGGGCUCCGAGAUAGAUGUGUGUGGUUUCUUUUUACGCGACGAGCCCAAGUAUAUUCCUCCAGCCGGGCUAGAUGCAUUCCUUGCAUCUGGACCUGCUCCACUGUAUGUAGGCUUCGGAAGCAUCGUCCUGGAUGACCCUGAGCGUCUCAGUAAUGUCAUUUUGGAUGCUGCUCGCAAAUGUGAAGUGCGACUCAUCAUCUCGAGGGGAUGGAGCAAAUUAGGCGGCAAUACACCAAACUCGAAAAACGUCUUUUACAUAGAGGACUGCCCUCACGAAUGGCUGUUCAAGAGAGUUUCGGCCGUUUUGCACCAUGGAGGCGCCGGUACUACAGCUUGUGGGUUGGUGAAUGCACGCCCUACUAUAAUUGUUCCAUUCUUUGGCGAUCAACCUUUUUGGGCAGAUGUAGUGGCAAAUGCAGGAGCUGGUCCCAGACCUAUUCCACAAACAGAAUUAACCAUCGACCGUCUCGUCCAGGCCAUUGAGUUUGCGACUUCCGUGGCUGCCAAGGAUGCCGCUGAGAAGUUGGCAACCAAGAUGCGUCAGGAAAAAGGAGUUGAUACUGCGGUGGCCUCGUUUCAUAAAGCGCUCCCACUAGCAAACAUACGCUGCGAGAUUAUCCCAGGCCAAGUUGCUCGGUGGGUUCUUGCUAAGUGUGAGAAGAGUAUACGAAUAUCCGAUGCUGCAGUUGCGAUAUUGAUUAGGCAAAAGAAGUUCAAGAUUGAUGAGUUCAAGCCGCUUCGAAGUAGGGAAUAUGAUACCGACGUCCGUAGAUGGGAUCCGCUGUCGGGCGGUGCAGCUUCGACGCUAGGCACCAUGACUGACUUUACCAUGGCCCUCGGAGGUGUCUUUAUCGAUCCCUUCAAAGCUUACAAGCGCGUAAAGAGGCAAGGUAAUGAUGGCUCGGCUGCUGCUCUGAAAGAAGUCGGCCUCGGCUUCGGCUCCAUGGGCGGGGCGUUGACUAAGGGAACACUGGUCAACACGCCGUUGGCGCUGGCAGAGGGCCUCCGCAACGUGCCUCGUUUGUAUGGUGAAGAGGUAAAAGACCAUGGAAAAGUCAAAGAUUGGCAAAGUGGUGGAAAGGUUGCUGCCAAGAAUUUCGGGUCAGGAUUCUACCAUGGUAUUACCGGUUUUGUCACGCAGCCAUACAAGGGGGCCAAGGAAGAAGGAACUCCGGGUUUCUUGAAAGGAGCUGGCAAGGGUACCGUUGGCCUGAUUACCAAACCAGGCGCUGCCAUGUUUGGUCUGAUGGCGUAUCCUGCACAGGGCAUUUACAAGACAAUCAAAGCAGCAAACAGUUCGGAACAGUCUGUGCUAAGGUCCAAAUGUGCCAUGGUAGACAAGGUUGCGGCGGAGAACAUGCAAGAUAUCAUGAUAGACGAGGUUCUGAAGACGUUUGAUGCCCUGUCACGAUAG